CUGGUUCCUGGGUUAAGGCGCCCAGGCAGCAGCGAGCGCCCUGUGCCGGGAGCGGCCGCGGGCUCCGUGAGGCGCUCGUCUGUUAACUUGACCAUCUUUCCAGGGAUGAAACAACAUUGGGAAUUAUGGACAAAAACAUUGGAGAGCAGCUUAACAGAGCUUAUGAAGCCUUUCGACAAGCAUGCAUGGAGAGGGACCAUGCUGUGAAAGAACUCCAGCAAAAAACAGAAAACUACAUGCAGCAAAUACGUGAACAGCAGGAAAAGAUAGAGCUUCAAAACAGCAUUAUUGCAAAACUGAAAUCACAGUUGGCUGCUCUGAAUGCUAAUAGAGGCAAUGCGCAUCCUUACAUUCUGAUGCAUGAAGACGUUGAAACAUCCAACUUACCUUUCAGCCAGCUCUCUGAAAAACUGAACAUAGCAAAGCAAAGAGAAAAAUUCCUAAAGGAACAGUUAGACAGUGAGAGCAUGAAAUUGAAGCAACUUGAGGACAAAAGCAAUCAAAAGGAAAGGAAGCUUUUAUCUAUUAUUUCCAAUCAAGAUGAUAAAAUAAGAAAUCUGGAAAGCAAAUUGCAAGAAUUAAAUGAAGCGCAAAAGGGUAUACAGAUGCCAACGUAUAAAAGGGAGGUGAAAAGUAAGAGAGUUGUUCCAGAUAAGCCUGAAUUAUCUCUAGGGAUCUCUGGUAUUUCACCUGAAAGAGAGAAUCUGGAGACUAUUUUCCAGGACAUGAAAGAAGAGUGUCACCGAAUAUGUAUGCUAGCCAGAGAACAAACAGACCAACUGAGUAUAUUUAAGAUAAAGCCAGAACCUGAAACUGAAAUACAGUUUUCCAUGCCGAUACAGUGCACUGAUAAAACUGAUGAACAAGCAGAAGAGCUUUUUAAGCCUCGGGUUAUAGAGGAUAUAAAUAGAGGUGCAUCAUGCAUCACAUCUAUCACACCAAGAGGAGUGGGCCAAGAUGAGGACAACAACUCUGUAGAAUCACUUUCUAAAUUUAAUGUCAAGUUUCCACCUACAGACAAUGACUCUGCUUUCUUGCAGAGCACUCAGGAAAAACCAACAGUUCCUUGUACUGGUAUAUCUGAAAACAUGCUUCAAGAUCAUCAUUUUAACCUGGAGCACAGAGACCGUGCUGUUAACCUCAGUAAAUUGGAACCUAACUCAUUUGAAGCUCAUGGCAUUGAUCUCAUGACCUCAGCUUUACAAAGCUUGACUACUGUUGACAAAACAAACCCCUCAGAUCAUGCAAAGAUGCCCAUAGAAAAGAUCUGUGACAAACCAGGUUUAAAAACAACAGACAGUGGUUUCACAUUUGUACCUAAGCACACAAUCCAGGGUGUACCUGAAGUAAUUUUUUCUUUAGAAGCUGCUGGAACAACUGUCAGAGGUCCUCAUCAGCCCAUUUGGCAGCCUCAAGACAAUGAUUUGCUGGCACAAGCAUAUGCAGACUCUGAACCGAAUCAGUGUGGAAUAUGUGAAUUCUGUCGAGAAGUUUUCCCACCAUCUCUAACAUCUAAGGAAGAUUUUCUUCGGCAUCUCAAUUCCCACUUUAAAGUACAGUCUUAAUGUAUGAGAAUUCAAUGGUUCACUGUUUUUGCAUACAUUUUUACAUUUUUUUAUUCAAUAGAUAUAAGAGUUUAAGAAUUAAGACUUCUUGUAACAAGAACUCAUGACUGAAAUUGUUUGUCACAUAAGCACAUUUGUCAUUGUCUUUUGAUAAGGCAAAAUGAAACUAAGUCACUCAGUGCUGUGAUUCACAUUAUUGCUUGUUACGCUUCACUAUUAACUUUGAGAGCGAUGUCAAACACUUUUUCCAAAUAAUCUUUGCCUGAAUAGUCCUGAAGUUGUGACUGUAUUUAUGAAUGUAGACUUGCAGGAUUAAUACCUUAAUCUGGCUGGCAAAAAUUGGUGUAAUGCCAGCAUUUUUUUUUACAAUAUCCAGUGAUGUGAUUAUGUUCUCUCAGAAGUACAUGGGAAGUAGGCCCUCAUUUUUCAUUUAUACUAUAUAAUUUCCAAAUUUAACUUACAGUAGUAAACUUCUUAAUUCAGAUUCUUGUAAAAUUACCAUAAUAGCUGAAUCCAGGUGUGCCAGAAUUAGGAUAGGCUUCUUUACUAGUAACAGAAAUGAAUGGUUGACUUUCCCAGAUAAUUUUUUUACUAAAGCAAGUAAUCAAAAGUAACACAUAAAUGACCCUUUUGCCAAAAUGGAACAGUAAUGAUUUUAUGUAUCUGUUACAUGUUUUAAAAAAAAAAAUAAUUCUCUUGUUCAUGUACCUUUAUAGCAUUAAUAAUUACUAAAAUGCUUUCAGGGAAUGAGUAAUAUUAAUAUGAAGGAUAGAAAGGUUAAACUUUCCCCAAAAACUAAUGAUACCAAAGAUUAUUUGCCUUCCCUUCUUGUCUGCUAUGAUAGAUUGCCCAAGUCUGGUACAGACUGGAAAGGAAAGGGGAAAACCUAAUCAUCUGAAUCUCAGUGACUUAAUUUUUAACCUGAAUAUGCUUAGUGACUUUCUCAAUGCAAUUAAAUUUUGUGUUUAGUUGAAACGUUGAAGUCUGAUAAAGUUUGCACAUUUUCUGGAUUUUACUGAUGUCAAAUUUAAAAAUAGGGGUGUUGCCAAGUAUUUUAAAUUAAUGAUAAAGGGUGCUUGCUUUUUGCAUUUGAACUGAAUAUAGAGUUUAGCCCUGAUAUUGAUAAUUAGCAUUAAUAUUUUCACAGAAAAGCACAACACUUUUAUCUUUUUAAAGAUUUGUUUGCAGGUGACAAAUUUCUGGAAGAAUUAACAGCUGCAUACUUUUUAGACUUUUCUGCAAUUAUUUUCUCUAUUUUGAACAUGUCAUGUUUGUGACGGGCUGUCAACAGAGUGUACUGUAAUAAAGAGCAGUGUACAGUGCACGUCUGCUACACGACCUGGAGGAAGAGUUUGUUACUCUUCGGAGCUCUAAACCCUGCCGGUCCGCAGCGCUGAAGAGGCGAUGUUCGGCCGCCGCCGCGCCGUGCGGUGUGAAGCACUUCCCCGGAGAGCGCGGCUGGGGGUGGUGCCCGGGAGAGACACAACUUCCAGCCCUGGCAGCAGAGAAGGGAAUUCGCACAUCUCCAGCCAGCCCGACACACGGCACCGACUCGUCCUCUCAACCGUGAAAUUCGAGCUCAGAAGCUCGCGUUAUUAAGAGAUGCACAAACUGAGAAUCACCUUUGAAGAAAAUAAAGUCAUCUGUUUCUCCCCCCCGCCCCCACGGGUGGGUGCGUUUUCCCCAGGAGCCCUUGAGUUCGGAGCCCUGCUCCGAGCCCCAGUCCCGCACGGGGACAAGGCCCUUUGUUGCUGGAGGCAGUCUGGGCUCCCCCACAGCCGGGGCACAGCAGGGAGGGCGGCAGGAGGUGGGGAGAACACGGUUGACCAAAGUCUCGUCGACCAGCAGAACCCAUCCGUCUCCCACUGUGAGGGCUCCUGCCUAGAGCGGCGUUUUAGGAAACUGUUUAAUCCUGCGUGCUUAAAACUCGCUGCCUGAGGGCAUCCAGAUAGGCUCACCGAUCAGACAGACCGCUGCGAGGAGCACUAGUUUAGUUUUUAAACAAAUAAAUAAUAAAUAAAUAAAUAAAUAAAUCUCACUCUAAGCA